AAACCGCCGACCAGUUACGUACGACGUGUUUCAUCUUAAACGUACGACGUGUUUCAUCUUACACAUACACGAUCUUUGGUCUCCACUUUCUCUCCAUAACCACAAGAUGGCGCUAAAACACAGGUUAUAUUUUCUAGCUCCUACAUAAGUAUGAUACAUCUGCUUGCUUUGAUGUACAUAUACUCCAAAGCAGCAGCACAAUAAUUAAUUUGUAUGAUAAUGGUCGUUUAAAGUGGGUGAACAAGCAACUGAAAGUAACACGCUAUUUGAUUUUAAUUAAUUGUUUGUUAAUUUCAGUCUUGUGCUCCGGAACCUUUGUUCGGUGGUUUGCGGCUUCACUACGACAUAAUUCGUUGAUGGACUAUACACAAACCAACGUGUGUGACCCGACAACCGUCUGAGGAUAAAUGUAGAUAUCAGUCGUCGACACUGCUUCAUUACUCUACUCUAUAUUGAAUAUUGGUGUUUGUGUAACUUACGAAAUAUCAAGAUAUUAACGCAUGAAACAAACGGAGCAACGUCAGCUAACUUACGAGCACAACACAAGAUAUCCAAGUGAGCACCCUCAUGCUGAUUGGAAAGGCCUGCAGAUUCGGUGGACGUGUCCGGUCUUGUGUUGUCCAACCUCUGGCCUGUCUUUUUACCGCUUCCAGCAACAUGGCCAAGAGCAAGUUUGAGUACGUCCGCAACUUUGAAACCGAUGACACUUGUCUCCGAAACUGCUACAUUGUUGUGAGACUGGAUGGACGCAACUUCCACAAGUUUGCAGAGCAGCACAAGUUUAUAAAGCCCAGUGAUAACCGGGCUUUGGGCCUGAUGACCCGGAGUGCACGCUCUGUCAUGGAAGAACUAGAGGACGUCAGUAUUGCUUAUGGUCAAAGUGAUGAGUUCAGCUUUGUUUUCAAGAGGACCUCUACCUGGUUUAAGAGGAGAGCCAGUAAGCUCAUGACUCAUGUGGCCUCCCAGUUCUCCUCCUCAUAUGUGUUUUACUGGAAGGAGUUUUUCGGGGAGCAGCCCCUCUUGUACCCCCCGGGCUUUGACGGACGCGUGGUCCUGUAUCCCAGCAACCGCAACCUCAGAGACUACCUCAGCUGGAGGCAAGCAGACUGUCACAUCAAUAAUCUGUACAACACAGUGUUUUGGACUUUAGUACAAAAGGGGGGACUCACCACAGCCCAGGCAGAGGAUCGCUUAAAGGGAACAUUAGCUGCAGACAAAAACGAGAUCCUGUUCUCUGAGUUUGAUAUCAACUACAACACCGAGUCUGCCCUCCACAGGAAAGGCACCACUCUCAUCUGGGAAAAGCGAGAUGAAACUGCCACCAAGCGCGUGAAGCGGCCGAACGGAGAGGAGGAGGAUGUGGCCGUUACUCGCAGCAGGAGGCGGGUGCACGCCCACCACGGCGACAUCAUAGGAGAGCAGUUCUGGGAGGAGCACCCGGACAUCCUGGAGGACGACGCCUGAUGACGGCUCCUGUGCUGCUGCAGGAGAACAUGACUGAACUGAGCGGAGCCAUGCGAGCAGUGGACAUAUGAUAGAGCGGCUUGAUGUUGACUGAUGUAGAUGAACAACUGUGUCAAACAGCAUGCUACCCGUGAAGCUCAGGGCCCCUUGGAUCCCUCGUAAGAGCGUUUUUUCCGAGACUGAAGCCUUUGAUGGUUGACUCUGUACGAUUACUCUCUCACAGCCGGAACAUAUUCAUACUUCUACGUAUUAAACUUCAAUCAUAAUGUUGCCUUAAAGUGGGACGUUUUCUGCUUAAAUUGAUGAUGAUACCUGUCAUGCUCAAAGGGAAGCAGAUGAUUUCAUAAUCUUUUUUAGCAGCGGGUGUUGAGGACACACACAGCAGUCUGAUUCUGCCCCUCAGGUCUUCCCACUCCUUGUCAUGCUCUACUAAGGUUGCUUUUCCAAAAAUAUAUCUUCAUUUGAUAUCAUGAAUAUCAUUUAAAUACUACCAUCACCGUCUUUCUUUUAACAUGACACCUCUUGACCCCACUGUUCUCUUUAUCUUGCUUUGUUUUCUUCUUUUUGUUCAGGUUCCUAAUCUUUGAAUUUUAAAUGAUUCCGGAAGCCUAUCUGCAAAGUGUUCAAUAUCACUUAGUCCGUAGUAAGAAAGAGCAUAUCUGAGCCAGGAAUGAGCAGAGUGGAGCACGAACCAAUACCUUGGCAGGACCGAGUGGCCUUGUCUUGCAGCCAGGACGCCAUUUAGAGAUGUGAAUGGAUUUGGCGGCCUGCACUGUCACCGGUGCUAAGAAUACCUCACACACCCUGCUGCGUACACGCCAGCCCUCUGACAUGUGCUCUGUGGCAUAUUUAUCAUUGCACUUAUAAAUGACCGGCUCAGUAUGAAUGGCUGCUGGAUUCCUGGAGUGGUAGAAGCCAACUGUAUUUUGAUACUGCGUAGUAGGCUCGGUUACAGUAUUUUUGGUCUUCUGACCUUGUUUUUUGAAAAGAAACAUCAUGUAGCUUCUCCACUGUACUUUAUGUAACCAGGAUCCAACUCAGCUCUUCAGCAUUUGGGAUCAAAUGAUUUCUCUAAAGCCCAUUUGUUAUAAUAAGACCUCUAUAAUAAGUUGGUGAACAAUUACACACUGCACUUAAAUGAACUACGGUGUACAAAAACAGGUUCUGAUUGCAGAAGUUGCUCUUUUCUUAAAGACAUUAACCCAAUGCUUAGAUCAGUUCACUUGGACCAGUGCCAACACGUGACUCGACAUACGACCUUAUAGUAUAGAAGGUAUCUAAGUGACCAGAACAUGUUGAGGCAAGUGGUGUGGUUAUUUAAAGACAGCAUGUGUUUAUUUGCAGGGCCUGAACUUAAUCCUGGUUGGGAAAGAAAAAAAACGAGGAAAAAGUCGACACAACCUCAAUAAAACUGUCCUUAAAUAGCUCUUUGAAAAAUAUUUCCUGUACUUGGUUGUGAUUCGUCACGUAGCCCCUGAGAAGUAAGCUGCUUUUACGUCGUAGUGUUCAGACUGCAAUUAAGAGCAAACGAGUGGAAACAAAAUGUGCAUGUAGGCCAAGGAGACAGCAUCGCCCACUUGUUGAAAAGAACCACAGAACAAACUGAUGCCAACAUGGCUGCAGAGCCACUAACGAACAGCGGAGUAAAAUCCAUUGUGCUGUAAUGCAAUCGAUUCAGCUAACUCAAAAGGUUAUUUACCCGUUUGUAUGUGUUUUCACUUGUUAAGAAAUCCUUCCAAAUACUUCAGGCAAUUUAAGUGGUGUGACUACAAGGCAUAUUACAUCAGUUGGGAUAAUAACCAUUUUGGAAUAAUGUGGGAACACUCCCAAUUCAGAAUAAAAGGAAGUUUUACUGUUUUUCUCAUUCUGCCAACGUUGGGUGAAUGCAGCAUUAUAAUAAUGAAUUCUGAUAAUUAAUAAUGUACUCGAUUCUACACAAAAAAGUUGGUUUAAUUGUCAUACUACUCCGGUGGUGAAAAUGGUUGUAUAAUGUCUUCAGUGGUCUGAGAAGAUAACUGAAGAUGCAGUGAUGUCCUCAGGGUUAUCUCCACUUGAAACAUACUGUAAUGACUAAAAGUGGAGCUAUUUCGGUCUUUUCUUUUCUUUUCUGUUUUAAUCUGUCUCUUGUGAGUCCACCAACUUAAUCGAAGUAUGAUAAUAAAUUGCUAGGAUACCCCUUUAAGAAAUGGUGAUGAAAAAAUGCAGAUAGUCCUUAAACAACCCCUUCAAUUAUGAAACUCGUUGCACAAUCGUUUAAUGAUGCUUGUUUUUAUCAUUAUUAUAGAUUAAGAAUGAAAAAAUAUAC